AUGGCUUCUCAUAAAGAACUUCGUCACGUUGUCUUGUUUAAAUUCAAUGAAGGUACAUCCGCGGAAGAUGUAGCAAAACUUGAAAAUGAAUUCCGUUCAUUGGCAACAGUCAAAGUUUCUCAAGUCAAAGGAUUUGAAUGGGGUACAAAUAUUAGCAAGGAAAAUUUGGAUCAUGGUUAUACACAUUGCUUUAUAUUGACAUUUACUAGUGAACAAGAUCGUGAUACAUAUAUUGAUCAUGCAGAUCAUGUUGCCUAUGUCGCAAUGUUACAACCACAUAUGGCGGCAGCAACUGUCAUUGACUUUUGGGCCCAGAGUUAA